AAACACACUUAACGCUUACAUGUAUAACGUGACGGUCACAUUGUUUAGAGUUCCAGAGAAAACAUAUGAAUCAUUUAAGUGUCACAAUAUUACGAUCGCACCGAGCCAGUCUAUAGAUGCACCGUUAUUUAUUGUUUUGCAUCUAGACACAGGUUAUCGUGCACAAAACCCGCCCGCCUAGCGUAGAGUUCAAAAAAGUUCAUGAAACAACCCGCCAGUAAUCAAUUUUGCCUGAACCAGAUGUAGCUCUGCUGAUACUGGCUGCCUCACAUAAACACAAAACGGAACCAAUAUGUCUGCUGAGGAAAAAUCAGGGCCACCGCCAUCUUACAACCAAACAGCAAAUCCAAAUGACCAGGCCAACUAUACAUAUGGGAACCAGUAUAGUCAGUAUCCUGGAGGCCAAUACCAAGGCAACCAGUAUCCGCCACCAGAUGGCACUCAAUAUCCUAGCAACCAGUAUCCACCACCAGGUGGCACUCAAUAUCCUAGCAACCAAUAUCCCCCACCAGGUGGUACACAGUAUCCUGGCAACCAGUAUUCACAGCAAGGUUGCGCUCCAUAUCCAUGCAACCAAUACCAACCGCAAUAUGGCGCCUCUGGCCAACCACUGAUGACAACAGUGGUCGCACAGCCUGGAUCAGUCCCGAUGGUCGUUAACACUACCCGUCCACGCACUGACUAUAUGGUUCCGGCGGUCCUCUCAUGUUUGUGCUGCUUUUGCCCAACGGGUAUCUUUGCCAUAUUGGCGGCAAGCAGGGCUAAUUCUGCAGCAGCGGAAGGGGAUGUUUUAGAAGCGGAAACACAGUCACGCCGCGCGCGCACCUUGGUGAUCAUCUCUGUUGUAGUGGGGAUUAUCGUUAUUGUCCUGGGAAUCGUAUCGCGUGUUGUUAUUUAUUCAUCCUACCCUCGUUACUAAAUAAAAUUAAACAUUUCAUAUCAUUUAAUUAGAUCUAUCGCACAUUUUAUCUAAUAUAUGAAGAUUUAGUACAUUUAAUACCAUGAUCUUGUUUAGUAAAGAAAAAGUAUGAAUAUGGAAAUACUUUUCUGUUAUAAUAUAUAGCUAUCUUUUUAAAGGAGAUUAACAUAGUCUUAAAUCGAAUUGGCCAUCAUGCUUUCUAAAUUUUGUUUUUGUGUCUUAAAUAGAGAACUCAUACCAUCGCAUUUAAUUAGAUUUCCUUCUUAAUUGUACAAUUUUAAAGUGCAUUUAACAGUGUCUUUUUCACCAUGCUGUAUCAAUUAUGAACCUUAAAACAAAAAAUGUUUUUUGUAAAAUGUACAUUUUUUUUAUUGACCGUAAAGAUAUAUAUGUAUUGAAUGUAUGAAAAUUUUUUCGCGAAAUCAUUCGUAUAAAAUUUGUAUCAGAUUAUUUGUAUAAAACAUUUUGUCUAACACUCACAAUGAAUAUCUAACUGUUGCCUGAUCAUAACAAAUUCAUUUUUAAUAUUUAAAUUUAUACGUUUGAAUCAUACAAUGUAGCUUGACAUGCUGGAGUUUGCUAAAUGGCAGCGUAUUGUUGUUUUAACAAACUUUGUCAGCGGAAUAAAAGUAUCAAAUACUCUA